AUGUUUGAGGACAUUCAGUUGAUCUACAUGAACAUCCGGAUACUGCGAUUCUGGGCAUUUUUAUAUGACAGGAAUGCAAAAUGUUAUGCGUGCAUCGGUCUGGCCUCGUUCCACAUCUUCACCCAAUUGGUCUACAUGAUGAGCACCAAUGAAGGACUCACCGGGAUAAUCCGAAACUCCUACAUGCUCGUCCUUUGGAUAAACACGGUGCUGCGUGCCUAUCUUUUGCUGGCGGAUCACGACAGAUAUGUGGCCUUAAUCCAGAAUCUGACCGAGGCCUAUUACGAUCUGUUAAAUCUGAAUGACACGUAUAUAUCGCGAUUGCUGGUCGAGGUGAAUCGGGUGGGUCAGUUGAUGGCCAGGGGUAAUCUCUUCUUUGGCAUGCUCACCUCCUUGGGUUUCGGCCUCUAUCCCUUAUCCUCCAGCGAAAGAGUCCUGCCCUUUGGCAGCAGGAUUCCGGGGCUGAACGAGUACGAGAGCCCGUACUACGAGAUGUGGUACGUCUUUCAGAUGCUCAUUACCCCGAUGGGCUGUUGUAUGUACAUACCGUACACCAGUCUGAUUGUGGGCUUGAUUAUGUUCGGGAUUGUGCGGUGCAAGGCAUUGCAGCAUCGGCUCCGUCAGGUGGCCAUUAGGUAUCCGGACGGAGACCGCGAUUCCCGGCAACUGAGGGAGGAGAUUAUCGCCUGCAUUCGUUACCAGCAGGGCAUAAUCGAGUAUAUGGAUCACAUCAAUGAGCUGACCACCAUGGUGUUCCUCUUCGAGCUGAUGGCCUUUUCAGCCCUACUCUGUGCCCUGCUCUUUAUGCUGAUUAUUGUGAGCGGCACCAGUCAACUGAUAAUUGUUUGCAUGUACAUAAACAUGAUUCUGGCCCAAAUACUGGCCCUCUACUGGUAUGCAAAUGAGCUGAGGGAACAAAAUCUGGCAGUGGCCACCGCAGCCUAUGAUAUGGAGUGGUACACCUUCGAUGUUCCCGUGCGCAAAAAUAUUAUUUUCAUGAUGAUGAGGGCCCAGCGACCAGCUUCGAUACUUCUGGGCAGCAUUCGCCCCAUUACCUUGGAGCUUUUCCAGAAUCUGCUCAACACAACUUAUACGUUUUUCACGGUUCUCAAGCGAGUGUAUGGUUGA